GACGUGUCAAGGGUCACGGAAACCGCAGAGGAACAAAAGUGGGGCUUGCUGCGACCAGAGGCAGCCAUGGCAUCUAACAGCCUCUUCAGCACGGUGACACCAUGUCAGCAGAACUUCUUCUGGGAUCCCAGCGCCAGUCGGAGGUUCAGUCCGCCGUCCAACAGCCUCCAGCCGGUCCCGGGGAAGAUGAACGACGUGAGCUCUCCGACCGGCCAGACGGACGCGGCGGUUCCCAGGCUGCGUCCACACGAGAACCGCAGCAUGGCCGAGAUCAUCGCCGACCACCCGGCCGAGCUGGUCCGGACCGACAGCCCCAACUUCCUCUGCUCGGUGCUGCCCUCCCACUGGCGGUGCAACAAGACGCUGCCCGUCGCCUUCAAGGUGGUUGCCCUGGGAGACAUACCUGAUGGGACCGUUGUCACCGUUAUGGCGGGCAACGACGAGAACUACUCCGCCGAGCUGCGGAACGCUUCGGGCGUGAUGAAGAACCAGGUGGCACGCUUCAACGACCUUCGCUUCGUGGGCCGCAGCGGCAGAGGCAAGAGCUUCACGCUGACAAUCACGGUCUUUACCAACCCGCCACAAGUGGCCACUUACCACCGAGCCAUAAAGGUCACCGUCGAUGGACCACGUGAGCCCAGGAGACAUCGUCAGAAACUUGAGGACCCUCCCAAAACUGGUCUCUUCUCAGACCGCCUUAGUGAGCUGGAGAGGAUGAGGGUGAGGGUGGCCAUUCCCACUCAAGGGCCCCGGCCGAAUCUCAACGCAGGGGCCAACUCCUUCAACCCGCAGGGACAGACACAGAUAACAGACCCUCGUCAGUCCCAGUCCUCUCCUCCCUGGUCGUACGAACAGACGUACCCGUCCUACCUGAGUCCCAUGGCGUCCCCCUCGGUCCACUCCACCACCCCCCUCUCCUCCAGCCGAGGCACGGGUCUGCCCGCCAUCAGCGACGUGCCUAGACGAUUGCCAGGUUCCUCCGACCUGAGCCCGUUCCCCGGACAGUUCGAGCGUCAGUUCCCGGGUCUACCAGGCCUCACGGAGACCCGGUUCUCCAGCCCCCGGAUGCACUACCCGGCCACCUUCACCUACACCCCGCCCGUCACCUCCGCCAUGUCGCUGGGCAGCGCUCACUACCACACCUACCUUCCUCCUCCGUACCCGGGCUCCACCCAGAGCCAGAGCGGACCCUUCCAGACCAGCAGCACGCCCUAUCUCUACUACGGCGCCUCGUCCGGCUCCUACCAGUUCUCCAUGGUCCCCGGCGGGGAUCGCUCGCCUUCCAGGAUGAUCCCGCCUUGCACUAGCGCCUCCACGGGCACCUCCCUGGUGAACCCCAACCUGCCCAGCCAGACGGAGGGAGGGGUGGACGGAGACGGGAGUCACAGUAACUCCCCGACGGUUCUGAACCCCGGAGGCCGGAUGGAUGAGGCCGUCUGGAGGCCAUAUUGA